AUGGGUUUCCUCGUGCUGCGAAGGGUUUUCGGUUCUUCAAGGCGCCGCUUCGCUAUUGCCCUGUGCCUGGUGGUGUUUUUUAUUGUUCUCUAUUCCAGAGAAGCUCUAGUAGUUCCAUUGCGAGUGAAGCUGUCAAACCCUGCAGAACAACCCGUUGACCCGUUCCCGAGCGAUUACGCCGGCCAACCUCGAAUUUCGUCUCAAGUGAUCAAUGACCCCUAUCCACACUAUGACAGUGUAGAAUGGAAGUCGACCUCAAAGGGAUCUUACCAACCAUGCAUUGGACCCCAAGGACGACUCCUGAGCCGCAAAGAUGAAGAUAUGAUGAUGAGCGGGUUUCACUGGAAUACUUCAGAGUUCCCAACACCAAUUUUUGGAUCGUAUGAGUCGUGGAAUUUGAGCAAGAGUCUCUGUGCCGAUCGCUACUCCCGAUAUGGUGCAUAUGGUUACCUUGAGGGCAACGAAACCACUCGACUCCACAAUUGGAAUGGUACAUUUGGCUCCAACGAGGCCGCUGAAAUAGACUGGGAGCAGGUGGACUGGGCACAUUUGCAAUAUGAAUGCCUGCGGCGCAAUAGCGUUCGAUAUCGCACCCCACCAUCCGAAGGGAAGAUAUUGGCUCUGUACAAGUCACUGGAUUCAGAUGUCCAGCCUCGUCAGUCUUUGAACGAAACAGACAGGACCCAGCCCCGGACAGCCGUUAUAUUGCGCUCUUGGAUCGGCAUGAAAUACACCGAGAACGACCUGUAUCACAUUCGAUCUAUGAUGAUGGAGUUGUCACUCUACUCGGGUGCAGAAUAUGAGCUUAUUCUGCUGAUUGACUGUCAGGACCAGAAAUUGCCCAAAGAGACUGAUUAUGCCACCUGGAAGGCAUUCAAUGCGAAACAUUUACCACAGGAGUUGCGCAACCUGGCGAUAUGGUUUAACGCGGAUAUGUUGAAGGAUUGGUAUCCUGGGAUUGAUGUCCAUGCAGCGAUAUUGCAGUAUUUCCAGCCCACGCAGAUCUUCUCAAGACUACACCCUCAGUAUGACUACAUCUGGCAGUUCGAGAUGGACUCGCGGUAUACCGGCCAUAUGUACGACCUUUUGCACAAGGCAACAGAGUUUGCGAAACAGCAGCCACGCAAGUACCUGUGGGAGCGUAACUCUCACUUCUAUAUUCCUGCUGUCCAUGGCACCUGGGAAGAGUUCAUGAAGAAGGUGGACCAGGAAAUGCCUGGCCAUGGCAACCGCAGUGUUUGGGGCCCUCGCCCUGCAAAAGGCAUCGACAUCGAAGGGCAAGCCAUUAUGCCUCCUGUGCCACACCCAGAAGAUGAGCCAGGGAGCUGGGGUGUGGGUGAAGAAGCUGAUCUGAUCACCUGGCUGCCCCAUUUCAACCCAGUUGGUACGGACUGGCCUUUCCGUGACCGUGUCUUCAAUUUCCCCCAAGACCAAGAGACCCCACGCUGGGCAGCUGUCGUGGCAAUGUCUCGCAUCUCGGCGCGACUUCUCGGGCUAUUGCAUAAGGACAAGGUAAAAUCCGGGGUUGGUCUCGCAUCCGAGAUGUCCCCUAUAUCCUGGGCCAUGUACUAUGGUCUGAAGGCGGUCCAGAUUCCUCAACCGGUGUACCAUGAUGCCAAAUGGGACCCUGAGGAAUUGAACCGCCGCGCCAACCCAGGUGAACCUGGCAAGGUCAACGCUGGGUUCAACAGCAUCUGGAGCUGGGGUCAACAUGAUGAUCUUAUAUACAAUACGACCUUCAUGUUUAACUCUGAGUUUGCGGAGAAGCUAUACAGAGCCUGGUUGGGCUAUGACGGUGCCAAAGAGCGGGAGAAGGAAAACCCUCGACUCUGCCUCCCUCCUAUCUUUCUACAUCCAGUCAAGAACCUCGAGUCCGUAAAGAUAAAUGGCGUUUGA